AUGGAGGAAUGGUCUAUGAAGAGAGAAGGGGGAAUGGAUUUCAAGGUGGGCAAAGUUGUUUCUGAGUGGCUCAAGGCUUGUCCUAAUUCCAUCUCCAAAAGGACUCAAGUGCAGGUUAUGUUGGCUUGGGAGCCCCCUAUGAAUGGUGUGUUCAAGUUAAAUGUUGAUGGUUCUCGCAAGGGUGGUAUUGGUUGUAUUGGUGCUGGUGGUAUCAUCCGUGAUUCCUUUGGGGACUGGAUGGGUGGGUUUGCUGUCAACUUGGGUAUUGGGCAAACUCUGGAUGCUGAGCUCUGGGGGUUAUUCUUUGGUUUGAAGCUUGCUGUGGCUAAAGGGGUGGCUAGGCUUUCUAUUGAAAUGGAUUCUAUGACUGCUGUUCAGCUUAUCAAGCAGCAUGUUCCUAGUUGUCAUCAUCCUUGUGCUGGGGUGAUUGCAAGUUGUGUUGCUUUGAUGAGGAAGUUCGAGUCUGUUGAGCUUACUCAUGUUUAUAGGGAAAGGAAUGCUGCUGCAGAUUGCUUGGCUAAUUGGAGUCUGAAUAUGGAUAUGGGGGUCUGCUAUUUUGAGGAUGCUCCAAUUUGGAUUAGCUCUAUUUUGAUUGAUGAUAUGUUGGGGGCUGUGAAGCCUCGGAUGUUUAGUUUUAGCUAA